AUGGCCCUGGUACCUCCACUUUUCAAAGUCCCUAAUACGAAACGAACAUCGAACAAUAAAGUAUUGCCAAACUUGUCAAUCCCACCUACAAGCAAUAAUAAGAAUGGCAACCCCAAUACAAAACCCAGUCUACUGUUGAAUCAGAACAUUAUUAAUCAUGAUCUGCAACAGCAUGAGAAUUUGAACCCCUUGUCAUAUCAACCACACCAAUUACAGCAUCAGCAAUACCAAAAUCCUCAAGGACUCAAGUUGUCAACGUCUCCUUCAUCUGUAUCAUCAUCAAAAUCAACAAAACGAAAACCACCACCAAUAGAUACCAAAGUCAUUAGUCACUCUCCAGAUAUGAUGGAUGUUGAUCAACAGGGCUCUGCUGACGAAUCAGUAAAUGUGGACGAGAAUGAAUACUCGGUAAAGCAUCAUUUGGAACAACUAACACCAUAUGAUUGGCAUUUGAUUGCUAAUGCCAAUAAGAUAGUUGAGAUCAGUAGUUUGGGCGAAGGUAAUGGAGGAGCUGUAACCAAAUGUUACAUUCCACAAUUGCCUAAUAAACAGAUAUUUGCAUUAAAAUUAGUGAUGUGUGAUCCUAAUCCUGACUUACAAAAACAGAUAUUCCGAGAAUUGGAAGUGGCCAAGAAAUGCCAACAUCCUAAUAUUGUGAAAUAUUAUGGAACAUUUUUAUUAGAGAAACAAUCAAUGAUAGGGAUUGCUAUGGAAUUCAUGGAUGGUCAAUCAUUGGAUUCCAUAUAUAAAGAGGUCCUCAAACGUGACAAAACAAAUAGAAUAAAUGAAAAGGUAUUGGGUAAAAUAGCUAAUUCAAUUUUGUCAGGUUUGGAUUAUUUGCAUCUGAAAAAUAUUAUACAUCGAGACAUUAAGCCUUCUAAUAUUUUGUUGGAUACCAAGGGGAAUGUCAAACUUUGUGAUUUUGGUGUCAGUGGAGAAGCGGUUAAUUCUUUUGCUUCUACUUUUGUUGGGACUCAAUAUUAUAUGGCCCCAGAACGUAUCACUGGGGGUAAUUAUUCUAUCACCAGUGAUAUAUGGUCAUUGGGUAUGAGUCUUUUGGAAGUGGCUAAUGGGUGUUUUCCUAUUAUUCAGUCCUUAGGUCCUAUUGAAGUAGUUGAAAUAAUUCUGAGGAGUAAUUUAGAAUUGAAAGACUGUGAAGAAGACAACAUAUUUUGGACUAGAGAGUUUAAACAAUUUAUUGCAAAAUGUUUGACAAAGGAUUACCUCAGACGACCAAAACCAAGUGAUCUCUUAGCUCAUGAUGAAUGGUGCUUGAUCCAACUGAAAGAGAAGGUGAAAAUGGACAAGUUUGUUAAAGUGGUGUGGGAAUUAAAUGAAUAA